GAAGUGCGCUGCCUAUUGCAUUCCUGCUGCUGCAUAAUGUGCUCCUAAUACAGCAUUAUGAAUAGUUUGCUGAUGACGGCAACUUUUCUGUACAAGAAAAUCAGACCGCAGGAUGAGAGCUCAGAUUGAAUUAUUCUGCUCCAGGACAUGAAAGACUGUGAUUAUAUAGCCAGGUGGCAAAGUUAUUGAUUGUUCUACAUGUGCACACUCCUGAUCUGGAAGAUAAAUUUGGAAGUGCAAGCUGCUCUAUCUUCACCUGUCAAGCAGUCCAAAAUGGUACCUUCUGGAACUGGAUCCUGAGCUAUCUGCCUUUCCAGCUGAUCUGUUCCAGAGUUCGCUGAAUGAUCAGUUUGCCCACUGAUGAAGCUUGGCUUGAGUUCUAAUCAUUGCCAAUCCAACUGUCCUCCGUCCGAACCAGCAUUGUCAAACUUUUCAAACUUCAUGGGACUUCUCUCUACAUUUUCAUCACUGAACACGUUGAACAGCAUCUGGACCACAACAGAGUGCUGAGGGACCGCACAUGCUACCUCUUGCCAGCUGGAGAAGAACCCAUUAAAAAGUACUCUCUAGGUGGCUCUGCUGUGGCUAGAAGAAGCAGCUUUUGUGUAACCGGCAGAGAAAGGGCAGAGGGGAGAGUUUCAAAGGACAAGCGGCUCCCGGAGAAGACUCCAUAGAAAGCACUGCAUUUUCCAUCGUAUCACAUACACAACAGUGGAGCAGAUUGAUUUCCGUUCUAGAUGUGAAUCAACCCCAGGAUGCAACAUGUCUCCCCAGCGCCAGCUCUGACAAUGAUGGCCACACAGACUGUGCCCCCUCCCCCUUAUCAAGAAACCCAACAGAUGACUGCCACAGCGCAACAGCCAGCCAAAGCCCAGCCAGUACACAUCAACACACCUUCGGCAGCCGCCAACACUCCUAUCCCCAGCACUCCCAUCGACCCUCAGGCACAACUGGAGGCUGACAAGCGAGCUGUCUACAGACAUCCUCUCUUCCCCCUCCUGACCCUGCUGUUUGAGAAAUGUGAGCAGGCAACGCAAGGCUCAGAGUGCAUCACUUCUGCCAGCUUUGAUGUCGACAUUGAGAAUUUUGUACACCAGCAAGAACAAGAGCACAAACCAUUCUUCAGCGAUGACCCUGAGCUCGACAACCUGAUGGUGAAAGCCAUUCAGGUCCUGAGAAUCCACCUCCUGGAGCUGGAGAAAGUGAAUGAAUUGUGCAAGGACUUUUGUAAUCGUUACAUCACCUGCCUCAAAACUAAGAUGCACAGCGACAACCUACUCAGGAAUGACCUCGGGGGGCCUUACUCCCCAAACCAGUCCUCCAUAAACCUACACACACAGGAUAUGCUGCAGAAUUCUCCUAACUCAAUGACUGCAGUAUCCGGCAACCCCCAAGGAAUCGUGGUGCCCGCAUCAGCACUGCAGCAGGGGAACAUCUCCAUGACAACAGUCAACUCACAAGUUGUGUCAGGUGGAGCCCUUUACCAGCCUGUAACUAUGGUAACGUCUCAGGGCCAGGUGGUAACCCAAGCAAUCCCACAGGGAGCCAUUCAGAUCCAGAACGCGCAGGUUAACCUGGACCUGACCUCUCUCCUUGACAGCGAAGAUAAAAAGUCAAAGAACAAACGAGGAGUCCUGCCGAAGCAUGCCACGAAUAUCAUGCGGUCCUGGCUCUUCCAGCAUCUUAUGCACCCUUACCCGACAGAGGACGAGAAAAGGCAGAUAGCAGCACAGACUAACCUCACGCUUUUGCAAGUCAACAACUGGUUUAUCAACGCCCGGCGACGUAUCCUGCAGCCCAUGCUUGAUGCAAGCAACCCAGAUCCUGCCCCAAAAGCCAAGAAGAUCAAAUCCCAGCACCGGCCUACGCAGAGAUUUUGGCCCAACUCCAUUGCGGCUGGAGUACUGCAGCAACAAGGAGGCACCCCCGGUACUAACCCUGAUGGCUCUAUAAACAUGGACAACCUGCAAUCCCUCUCCUCUGAUAACGCCACCAUUGCUAUGCAGCAGGCCAUGAUGGCAGUGGCUCACGAUGACUCACUUGACGGGACAGAAGAUGAGGAGGACGACGAGAUGGAAGAGGAGGAGGAGGAGGAAGAGGAAGAGGAGGAGCUGGAGGAGGAGACCGAGGAACUCCAGACAACAAAUGUUAGCGACCUUGGCUUGGAGCACAGUGACUCGCUUGAGUAAAGGACCCUGGUCAGUCCUGAAGCAUACGCCUCCUGAGAAACCUGGCUGCUUGCCUAAAUCAUUGGCCUGAGAAGAGAGCCUGAACUUUCACGUACAAGCCCUGCACCCCUUUAAAGAGAUCAUUCAACGACAAUGCCCUUACCCCGAGUCCGGCUCACCUGCUUUCAGUUGCAGGAGCGGACACGAAUGAUGCACAUUCAAGAGACCUGCCGAAUGUGCAAAGUGAUUAUUUAAGUGAAGGAGACACGUUUACAAGGCACAUAUUGUGGCCAGUUCAUUUCUUCUUUUUUUUCCCUUUGUUUUUGAUAAUAACAACAAAAAGUGUUUUUAGGCUAAGCUGUUUUCUGUACGACUGAAUGUUUUAUGGAUGUUCUAAUGCAAAGCCUUUUUUGUGACAUGCAAUUGAGAGGCAAGUCUGUUUUCAUUUUCACGGCUUUUAUGAGAGAUUUAUAGAUGCAAAGAGAGAGAGAGAGAGAGAAGAGAUUGAUGGUUUUUACAAAAAGAAACUAAAAGACUGUAAUGAUUAUAAAUAUCUAGAUGUAGGAAAAAAACAAGUUUGCAAAUUUGCAAAAAAACAACAACAACCACACGACUGGACGUUGAGCGAGAGUUUAAUGCUGGACCCAGGUAGAUUCCUGGUUAGUUCUGAAGAAGUGGAUAUCAAGUCUUCAGGAUUUCAGUGCGCCAGAUCCCAAGGCAUGUGGAGAGAGCCACAUUGUGGUUAAUUUGAGAAAUGGAUACCACACUGCCAUCUGAACCAUUUGGGAAGGGGAAAUGGAAGGUUUUAGCCCUCUGAAUGGAAAUGUCAUAAUGGUAACAUGCCUGGUUUGAUUCCCUGCUUACAGGAUGCAAAGUCAACAGCCCCCCCCCCCAAAAAAAGAGAAUGCCCCUGAAUAAUUAUGUUAAUUGUUUAGAGGAUCAUAAAUUGAGAUGUAACCAUUA